GGCUUGGAGAACCUCAGCGGGUGUCGGGUUCCCAGGGCCUGUGAACAACAGCUGUGUCCUCACUCGGGACAUGUCACCGUGCUAAACACCUCCUCUCACAGCUAACAGAUGGGAGAGCUGCGAUGCAGUCUUCCUUCUGUCUAGUCCAAGCUCAGGGUCUUGUUUUGUUUUGUUUCCUCUUUUGUUUCCGGAACCUUCCUAAGAACAAAAACUGGGCUUCCUUGGGCUUUGUCGACGUGGUGAUUCCGUAAUGACAUCCAGAUUUCCCUCGACAGCUGGGCUUCCCGGAACCCUCCCUUCCAGUCCUGAGGGAAUCAGGGACGGACCAAGUGUCGAAGCCCCAGAGGACCCGCCUGCUGCCAUGAAUUCCUGCCGGAAGGCCCAGAGACCGGGAGCUGCAGAGCGACACGGGUCCUGUGAGAGAUUGGUGUCAAUUGAGGAUGUGACUGUGGAUUUCACCCAGAAGGAGUGGCGGCACUUGGACCCUGCCCAGAGACGCCUGUACCAGGACGUGAUGCUGGAGAUCUACAGCCACCUCUUGUCAGUGGGGGAACUGGAGAUUGAGACGCCACAUCAACAAAUUUCUGUGAAUGCUUCAUUUCCAAAUGAUUUCUCAAGAGAAAUCACAAGGCAUGGCUCAUAUAGUUCUGUUUUAGAAAAACUGUGGCAGAAUGCUGACCCUUCAAAGAGAGAUCAGCAAAGCCCGAUCCCACCCUUGAGUCCUGGAAACAAGAAAAAACUGAGCACAGAGACUGGGCAGUCGAUUCCUUUGGGAUCCCACGACAUUUCUGUACAAAAGGGACAUCAGAGAUGUUCCUCAUCAGCAAAAAGUGUGAAGCCUAACCUUGAAACAAAUGCUGAUAAUCAAAGCGGUGCCACCCGUCAGGUUGAUGGCAUUGUGGGUUCUCAGCAGCUCUUCACACAAAGCUCUUCAGAUGCAAUGUGUACAGUUCCUCAUCAAGGAGAGGAGUCAUGUAAUGACACUCAGUCUGGAGAAGUUCUCUGUCUUAAGCAACCACUCACAGAGCAUGAAAUUAACUGUCGGGACAAGCCAGUUAAAUAUAACAGAUACAGGAAGCUCAUCACUAGAAGUUCUGCUUUACCUCAACAGCAGAUAACUAACACUACAAAGCCCUUUACCCGUUGCACAUCUGGGAAACCCAUCCUUCAGAAGUCUGAGUUGACCUCCCAUCCAGGAACUCCCAAAAGAAAGAGACCUUAUGAAUGUCCUGACCAUAAGAAAUCACUUAGGGGUACAUCCAACCUGCAGGUGCACCAUGAAAUUCACACCGGUGAGAAGCCUUAUGAAUGCCACAUCUGUGGGAAAUCAUUCAGUGGAACAUACAAACUAAAGGUGCAUAUUCGAAUACAUACAGGCGAGAAACCGUAUGUGUGUUCUGACUGUGGGAAGGCCUUCAGUGAAAACUCGGUCCUCACUGUACAUCAGAGAAUUCACACUGGAGAAAAGCCUUACACAUGCAGUGACUGUGGGAAAAAGUUCGUUUCUUCAUCAGAUCUGAGGAAGCAUGCCCGAUUACACACAGGGGAGAAGCCUUACAAAUGCCCUGACUGUGGAAAGUUUUUCAGUAUUAAAUCCAACCUGCUUGCACACAAUCGUAUUCACAGCAGUGAGGGAUCUUACAAAUGCUUUGACUGUGGGAAACUAUUUAGGAAAAUAUCCCUACUGAAGAUUCAUCAUCGAAUUCAUACUGACGGGAGAUCUUUUGUGUGUUCUGACUGUGGGAUGGCCUUCAGCCAAAAAUCAGUCCUCGCCACACAUCAGAGAAUGCAUACUGGGGAGAAGUGUUACCCAUGCGGGGACUGUGGAAAAUUGUUUCUUUAUGCUUCAGAUCUGGAGAAGCAUCGUCGAUUUCACAAGGCAGAGAAGCCUUACAAAUGCCAUGACUGUGGCAAAUCAUACGGUCUCAAAUCCCACCUAGAUGUGCAUCAGCGAAUUCACACUGGUGAGAGACCAUACAAGUGCACCGAAUGUGGGAAAUCAUUCAGAAGCAACUCUUACCUUCAGAGCCAUCAGCAAACUCACACUACUGAGAGGCCUCACAAAUGCUGUGACUGUGGGAAAUCCUUCACAACCACCUCUCAUCUGCAGAAGCAUCAGAAAACUCACACUACUGAGAGGCCACAUAAAUGUUGUGACUGUGGGAAAUCCUUCAGGACAGCAUCCAACCUGAAGGUGCAUCAUCGAAUUCACACUGGUAAGAAACCGUACGUGUGUUGCGAGUGUGGGAAGAGCUUCCGUCUCAGGUCAGUCUUCAUCACACAUCAGAAAAUUCAUGCUGGGAAGAAGCCUUACACAUGUAGUGACUGUGGAAGAGACCUGUCUUCUAAAGCCAAUCUCAGAGCGCAUCAGCGAAUUCACACAGGAGAGAAGCCGUAUAUAUGCCACGAAUGUGGGAAGGCCUUCAGUAGCAACCCUUCCUUCUACAGACAUUGUAAAAUUCACAGUAGAGAGCGUUUGUCUAUCAAAAAUGGGAGAACGGCUUCCUGCAGAAUUCACAGUUGACAUCUCAAUAAAUUCACAGUGGAAAGAAAAUUUAGAAAAGUAACUGCGGGAUUCUUUCUGUGAUACGUUUCAACUGCUGUAUCGUUGAAGUCACACCUAUUAGCACUACUACGACUUUGGGAAGUCUAUCACAACUCUGCAUGCAUCAUCCAAGUCAUACCAGGAAGACACCUUGUGUGUGUUGUGAAUACAAAGUCCUUCAAAAUCAUGCCAUCUCAGUGGACUCAAGCAGUCACACAGGCACUGUUUCUACAGACACAUGGUCGAUGAAAGCAUUUACCACAAAAUCAGUUCCUCAUACAUAUCCCUCACCAAAAUAGUCUUGGUUUACAUGGAAAGUAAUAGUUUCUAACUGACUUAAAUAGGGCUGGGAAGAUAUCAUGCUUAGUUGGUAAAGUUAAGC